AGUCUUAUGCAGAUUAUACAGAUUUUUGACUUUUUUCAGCCUCUCAAAGUUGAUUAUGAAGUUAUCAGGUGGCUGAUUACAGUUACGUCAGUUUUUGUUAUUGUUUAUCAUUUCUUCAGUUGUUUUUGGUACCAGCUGAAAACCAUUGCUAUUCUGGUCUCAAUAAAUUGACAGUUGACCACUUUAAUACUUUUUACUCAAUUUUUCCAAUACGGCUCGGUGGAAAUAGGAAGCAUUUGCCAUUCUGAAGAUUUAUUCCCAAUAUCCAGUAUUACUGUUUUACAGCUCAAGUUUCCAUGAAAAAGUAAACGUUGAUUAGUUCAUUUUCUUUCUUUCACAAAAUCUGAAGAAUUCAACAUUCCGUCAUCUUCAUUUUAAUUGGGUUUUUGCAUUUAUUCUUAAACAUUAAUAGAUUUUUAAAAUAAAAUUCCCCCUAACCCUAAACCAAAACAUCCUUUAGUCUGGAAUGUAAAAAAAAUUGUUAAAUUUGACAGACUAAACUAACAUUUUGAAAAAUGUCUAAUUCUAUAAUUUUACAGAUUAUUUUGGUCUUAAUUAUUCCUUCUGUUUAUAUUUGCACUUUCGAACGCUUGAACUUACGAAUUAACGACACUCAGUAUAAUCGAUUCGAAUACCCGAAGCUCGGAAAACGAAAUAUUUCGGGUGGUUAUGUCGAGGUAUUUAUACAUGUUGAAAGCUUGCGGGAAAUCACCAGCGAAACAACACUGGAUUUUUAUCUCGUUCAGUUUUGGGAUGAUCCGAGAUUAACUCCGAGAGCCGAGCCCUUGAAAGUCACCGGUCGGAUUUUACCCGACAACGUUUGGUAUCCGGAUACCUACUUUCUUCUAGUUCGGUCUUUGCUCUACAGUCCAGAGGAACAGUAUGUCGUCUUCUCAAAUAACGGUUCAGUCGAGUACAACAGAAAAGUGCGACUCAAAACUCCUUGCUCGCCGAAUGUAAUUUUAUUCCCUUUUGAUGUUGUAACUUGCACCCUGGUGUUGUCAAGUUUCGGUUAUACUUCAAACGAGGUCAGCUAUCGCUGGAAAGGCGAGGCGAUUCACAUAGACGAAACGAACAAUAACGUCGAUCAUUUAGGAUUCUACCUGCUCGGCAAAUCAAUUCAGCAAUACGACAUUCCAUACGCAGAUGCGAAGUAUUCGGCUUUGAAAACUGUCGUCUAUCUGAAGCGGAAGUUCUCCGCCUACCUCAUGCAGGUCUACUUCCCAGCAGCGUUGAUUGUGAUUUUAAGCUGGACGGUUUUUUGGAUCAAUUUACAUGCAACUCCUGCCAGAGCCAGUUUGGGAGUCACCACUGUCUUGACUAUGUUGACUUUAGCGACUCAGAGCACCUCGCAAAACGCGAAACACGUCAAUGGAAAAGUUACCGCAAUUGAUAUGUAUUUGUGGGUUUGCUUCGUAUUCGUAAUCUUCGCCAUGCUUGAGUUCGCGCUGUCCGAUUUCACAAUCCACAAUCCGAAGAAUGAGCCCAAGAAAAAGAAAAGCCCACGGAUGGAAAUGCGAGAAACAGUUAUGACAUUCUCAAGUGACGACGACGACGAUGAUAACGACCAUUCUGUCUUGAAAAACAAUUCGGCUUUGCGAGACAUCGAAAAGAUGGAAAAUGGAAAGAAAUCGAAACGGAGUUGUCGAAAAAGUCGGGACAAAGAAUCGGACAAAAGCGAACAGCCGCAAUGUUUCGGAAUGAUCAACAACUUAGCCAGAGUUCUUUUUCCUCUGUGUUUUUUAGUCUUCAAUGCACUGUAUUGGAUCACUCUGCUGGUUUUGAUUCACAAAAACAACCUUGAAAUUGAAAGCAGCAAACCUUAAGAAAGUAUGCUUUUGAAACUGAAACCUCGACCGCAAUUAGAUAGUAUUAUGGUUAUGGUGUUCAAAAUGUUAUAAGUUCUUAAAAAAAAACAGUUAUAUAUAUUUUUGAGUUUGUCUCAAGACUGCUGCUCAUAAUAUUUUAAACGAAAGUGUUAGUUGUAGAA